AUGGUGGCCGCCACAGCGCCCAAGACUGGUAGCAGUACCUCCAUUCACAUUCUCGCCCAGUACUGCGAAUUUGCGACUCAAUAUACAAAUCAGCCCCAAACAAGCUCUGCUCCGAUCUCUUCUGCUGCUGCCAGUAUCCCACGCGUACGAGCGAUCUGCCGCAAUCUCAACCUCCUCGGAAAGCAUCCUGUUUCGCUGUGUUAUCGAGCUGCCCAAUUACGCAACAGUGCUAUCUACAGAUACAGGGGGUCCGGACAGUCCUCAAGCCAGACCUUUGAUCUCUAUUACAGAGACAGCGACAACGAGAACGAAGCUGAUAUAGACAGUAUGGCGUCGGAAAAGGGAAGCACCCAGGGCAAGGAGAAGCUGGAAGCCCAGAUCAAAUCGGCGGACAUGACGGACGAUAUGCAGCAGGAGGCAAUCGAUGUCGCACAAGAGGGCAUGUCCAAGUUUACAAUUGAGAAGGACAUCGCACAGUAUAUCAAGAAGACCUUCGAUGAGCGCAAAGGCCCAACCUGGCACUGCAUUGUCGGCCGUAACUUCGGCUCAUUUGUUACCCACGAGACGAAGCACUUCAUCUACUUUUACCUCGGUCACUGCGCGAUCCUGUUGUUCAAGACCCAGUAA